UGCUCGCACUCGGCGAGUACUUCACCACCCUGGUCUCAUGCUCUUAUUCACCCUUUCCACCAGUCCUCCUCUACUGGAGCUUGUAGCUGGUGCUUGACCCAAGGUGGCGAUCAAAAGCCUCUGAGAGUACCGCUGAAAUUUUGGUUUUUAUAAGUGUCGAGGUUGGAUUGCACAGUGAGUUGGUAUUUCCUGCAAAUUCUCGGAGGUUAGCACUUCAGUGCAGUGGUCUCAUGUACACGAGGUUGCAGGUGUUGAGGGGUGCUAGCAAGUCUAGGGGAGGACCGCUGUUGGAGAGCGGGGACAGAUUGAUAGAUAGGUGGGCGAGAGAGAGCGGACAUAGGGUGAAGCUUGUGGCUUGAUUGGAGAAGAACGCGUAAAGAUGUCGCCCUGGGGAAGGGGUACAGGGGUGGAUUCGAGAGUGGGAAGUUUCUCCAAGCGGCGGUGGAAGAGCCAAUCUCCAGUUCCAGAGAGCCCCACUACGGUGCUGUCUGCGGAAAGCUCCGCGGAGUCGAGCUCCAACACGAGCUCUGACUCAGAGGUCGUCUCGGUGAACAGGGUUGUGCAGCCCCCGGCAUGCUGCUUCCAGCCUAUCAAUACCAAUACCUGGACAGUUUCCACGGACAGGCCGAGUGACUUAGUUGUGGAGGUUAAUAAGAUCAGCUUUCAUCUUCACAAGCAUCCUAUUCUGACGAGGAGCGCGCUGUUGAGGAAGCUGGCUGUGAAAUCUGAAAAGUCGGAGACGGCGCACAUGAACAUAGGGUCGAUUAUUGGGGGCCCCGAGGCGUUUGCCCUCGUUACGAAGCUAUGCUAUGGCAUUGACGUGGAGCUCUCGUCCUCGAAUGUUGCGGGUCUUCGGUGCGCUGCAGAGUAUCUCGAGGUGACGGAAGAAUUGGAUGGGGGCAACGUGAAUAACAAAGCGGAGGCCUACCUCAACUCCGUGGUUCUGAAUUCAUGGGACGAGUCUCUUGCCGUACUACAGACUUGCGAGCAUCUACUGCCCUUGGCUGAGGAGCUACAGAUUGUGCAAAGGUGUAGCGAAUCGCUCGCUCGCAAGGCAUGUCUGGAGCCUCACAACGUGAGAUGGUUGUCUUCAAGCUCCGUUGCAAACUUGAGGAAGGCGCAAAACCUGAAGUCAGCUGUGACACAGAAUUGGUGGUUUGAGGAUGUUUCCUCCCUAUCCCUCUACUGCUUUGAGAAAGUCAUCUCGUCAAUGCAUACGAAUCUUGUGAAUGGCACCCUCAUCAGCGGCGCCUUGGAGUUCUACGCCCAGAAAUGGCUCGCUGGAGUGUUUAAGUCGUCCGCCGAAAACUCUCCGAAGGAUUCCCCCCGUGUAUCCGGAAGUCGAUUGAGCUCACCCACCGGAGAAGCAUCCCCUGUUCACGAUUUUCCGUCCCCGAGUAGAGAGUCCCCUGCCGUGGCGCGUUCUGUGAAAGAAAUAAGUACACCCGAGAGCAACGCGAGAUUACACAACGCCAUUGUGGAGCAGAACAGGAGCCGUUUCAUCAUCGAGAAGAUCGUCAGCUUGCUACCCCAUGAGAGGGACUCAGUGGAGUGCAGCUUUGUUCUUCGAAUGCUGCGCGCGGCCAACAUGUACAACUGCUCGGCCGAAUGUCGAGCGGAACUCGAGAUGAAGGCGGGGCAGCAGCUGGAUCGAGCCAGCUUGAGUGACUUACUCAUCCCAUCUUUUUCUCAUACCAGCGAGUAUCUUUACGACGUCGACCUCGUGCGCCGGCUCUUGGAGCAUUUCUUGUCGCAGGAGCAAGGUCUGGGGUCGGGGCUCAAGAACAAAUUUUUUAAUCGGAAGAUCUUCGGGUCUCUGUUCGUGAGCGCCCCAGCGAGGCAGCAUGCUCAGGCUGCCGCUCCUAGUGCAAGUUCGAAGCUGGUCACCAAGCUCAUGGACUCCUACCUGGCCGAGGUGGCUCGCGACAGCAAGCUGCCGUUGGCGAAGUUCCUUUCGCUUGCUGAAGCUGUACCGAUUUCGAUGAGAAUGUCGGACGAUGGACUUUACAGAGCAAUUGAUACAUAUCUCAAGAUACACUCGAAUGUGGGGGAGCACGAGAAAAAGAAACUAUGCCGGAUGUUGGACUGCCAGCGCUUAUCCAUCUCGGCUUGCAUGCACGCUGCUCAGAACGAACGCCUCCCUCUCCGCAUUGUUGUCCAGGUCCUGUUUGGCGAACAGCUCAAGCUGAGGGGAGCCAUAACCGGAAUAAGUCAAUCACUUCAGGAGGGUCGUGUUGGCGGCCAAUCUCGACUCCCUUUGCACGACGAUUCCACCGAUUCAAUAGGAACCCAAGCAGCGAUGCUGGAGACGACAAAUCAAAUGGAGAUUCGAGCGCUACAGCAUGAGCUUUCCACCAUGAGGCUCAAAUACUCGGAGCUGGAGAGAAACCACUCGGCUUUGAUGGAAAUGAUGGAGAAGCUGACUGCGUCGAGGCCGAGGAGAAAUUCAAGCUCAGCGUGGACUCCUUGGAAGAAACCUAGCAAAGGAGACCGAUGCCAGGAAUCCCCAAGCAAAGCUGACCUCGACUCCUCCACAACUUCGCAGUCCACCAGCAACCACAGAUGGCGGAAUUCCAUAUCGUAAUCUUACCCCCGAAACGUCAUUGAGUCCCCUAUCUGCGAAUUAUCUUUCCAACAGUAGUUCAUCGAUUCUUUUAUAGGUCUGUUCAUAUUGUACUCUGGAUCAUACACUCAAUACUCAGGUAACGUUAGUAGCAAAGUGGCGAAUCCAAAGCCCUAGCACACACGGUUGCGGGACGGCGAGACAGCGAGACGAGUCUUGUAAUGCAUUCCAUACCACAGUGAGUAGUAGAGUGGCCACAGUCAAGGCGUGGGGUGAAUGCCCUUGUAUAUACUUGUACUUUUAAGCUCUGACGACGGCAUGGGCUAAAUUGCUCGCUGUUCCAUCAACCAAGAGUUGAUUUUUUGUUUUCUCA